UGAAGCCCUAGGGGGUGGAGAGGCCAAUGGGAUUUAAGGGGGUUUAAUCAUCAUAGCACCACCUCUGGCAGGGGUUGGGCUGCUGGGCAGGGAAUGAGGAAACCACAAAUCAUCCCCCCUGACCUGUCCUGCUGGAUCUGUCUCAGCUUUCAGAUCAGCUGGGGAGUCUGGAGCAGUGAGGGGAGCCAGGGCCAGGAUCCCCACCCCCGCUCGGCAUUGCUGCUGCUGAAUUGACUCAGUCAGCCCAAGAGGAGUGGAUCCCAGCCCAGCACCUGCAGCAGCGUCUGUAGCCCGAGUGUCAAUGAGAGAGACAUUGGGGCCAGCAACUGGGGCUGCUGAGAGGGAAGAGCCGCUGCAGGGGAGAGUUAACGGCAAUGGACACCAGGAGACUGGAUGGUGGCCAGAACCUCGUCAUAAUGGCAAGAAAUGCGCAGUCGCCCUCGCAGCCGCUGUGUUCUUAGGUCUCAUCAUCACUGUUAUUGUCCUGGCAGUGUUGUUAUCUGAGCGUUCUUCAGCUGUUCUCAGCCCCAUGUGCCCUGCAUGCCCAGACGGCUGGAUCGGGUACCGAGGGAAAUGCUACUAUUUCUCUGAGGCCAAAGGGAACUGGACCUACAGCCGGAGCAACUGCUUUUCCCUUGGUGCCUCCCUGGCUGCGAUCGACACCCAGCAGGACCUGGCUUUCCUGCUGCGCUAUAAAGGCAAAUUUGACCACUGGAUUGGCCUCCAGAGGGACCCGGGGCAGCCCUGGAAAUGGGUCAAUGGCACCGAAUUCAACCACCUGUUUCCGAUAACAGCAGAUGGUGACUGCGCGUAUCUGACUGAGAAUGGGGUCAGCAGCUUGCGGUGCACCAGCGAGAGACACUGGAUCUGCACCAAUCCUGAUCCGUUUACAAAGGCGAAAGGGGGCUGAUAAGGGUAUUGUGGAAAUUAGCCCUGGAAAAACCUGGCUGUGAUCUCUGACCAUCGCAGCUGACAAAUUCCGGAAUAACAGGGAUUGCUCUGAGCACG